UUCUCGUAUCUAUCUUCAUUGCUCCUAUCACAAUUAUGACGACAAAUAUUAAAGGAUACCAACAAGAAGUCGCGGAAGAUUUAUUCAAAAAAACCAUGGAAGGUGACUGGAAGGAAGUCGUGGCGAUAUAUCGCCAACACCCAUUAUUGGCUCCCAAUGCCAAAAUCAAUGGAUUAGGGGAUACAGCGUUGCACUUGGCUGUCUCCCUAGGCCCAGAAAAUAUAGUAGAAGAACUUGUCAAAAUAAUUUCUGAAAAAGACAAAAACAAGGAGGCUCUAAAAAUAAAAAACGAGCUAUGGAAUAACCCUCUGCAUUUGGCAGCAUCAAUGGGCACUCCGAGAAUGUGCAUUUGCAUUGCUGAAGCUGUUCCUGAAUUGGGCAAAACUCGUAACAAAGAGGGUGAGAGCCCUCUCUUCUUAGCUGCUCUUCAUGGUAAAACAGACAUCUUUCUUUGCCUCCAUUUUAUCUGUAUCCGCAACUCCAAAUCCAAGCAGCCCGACACGUCCUACUAUAGAAAAAACGGUGGGGAGACUAUUCUGCACUGUGCCAUCAAGAGGGAGUAUUUAGAUUUGGCAUAUCAGAUACUACGCCUACACUCUGAACUGGCUACUUCUGUGGACGAGAAAGGAAUUUGGCCUCUUCGUCUUUUAGCAGAUAAGCCUUCCGCCUUCAAAAGUGGUUGCCACCUUGGAUGGUGGAACAGCACCAUUUAUCAUUGGAUAACUGUUGAUGCGCUCAAAGUAAUCAAUGCAAACCAAUUGAUUCAAAAAUGCAAAGGCCGACAGAGUCAAAUAUUUCCGGAUAACUACCGAGCAUGCAUCGACUUCCUCAGAUUGUUGUGGAAAGGUUCCCGAGCAAUAUUUGCUAAGACCCAAGAGCUUUGUAGCCCAUAUCAAGAAAGGAAGGCAGAUGAAGAGGAUCCCACUGUUUCAUCAAAAAAUAAAAAAGAGGAUCCCACUGGACUGAAUGUUACUUCCAAACAAAAAGCUCUGGAGUAUUUUAGUGGCUGCUUUGAUAUUCUCAAAUUUGUAUCCAUGCCAAUACCGGUCAUGCUUGGAUAUGGUGGAACAACGGGCAUAAGGAAGUUAAAAGAGAAGCACAUAUUGUCAGUUAAAAUUAUGAAAAUGCUUAUAGAAUUAUUGAGCCCACAGCAGUACUUCGAAAAAGGGACGAACCCUUUGUUAACACCAAUCCAGGAGAAUAAAAACGAGGAAGAUUUAGACGAGGAUAGCAGUUUAGACCGUUGGUUGUAUAUGUGGAAUAUUGAUGAAAAUAAGCCGCCGGAAGAAGAUCUUAGCAAGCAUCCACCCUCUGACCAACCGGAAGAAAAGGAGAACAAGAAAGAUGAAGGAUUCGCCCAAUUGGUUGAAAAAAAUGAAAAUAUUCUCAAGAAAGAUGAAGGAAAGGAAGAGAUCCCUAAACUUACCAUGCCAAAAGAAGGGACAUCCUUAUUAUUUGCGGCAUGUAAUGGUAUCACCGAAAUGGUCGAGGAAAUACUGAAAAAAUUCCCGAUGGCCAUCCAUGAUACAAGUGAAAACAAAAAUAUGAUACUCUGGGUAGUGGAGCACAGACAACCCCAUGUAUACGAGCUAUUGCUCAAGAGCAAUUUACGGAGAGAUAGCAUGUUUCAAACCAAGGAUACAUACGGCAAUAGUGCAUUGCAUCUUGCAGCUAUGCUUAGAGAGCAUAAGCAUUGGAUAAUUCCCGGGGCCGCAUUGCAAAUGCAAUGGGAAAUCAAGUGGUAUGAGUUUGUGAAAAAUAAUGUGCCCCAAUACUUACUUUACGAAACCAACAAUAAGGAUAUGACCCCAGCAGAUAUCUUCACUGAUACCCACAAGGACCUUGUCAAAGAUGGAGGCGAGUGGCUAAACAAAACCUCUGAAUCUUGCUCAGUUGUAGCUGCACUCAUUGCCACAGUUGCCUUUGCAGCGUCGACCACUAUCCCAGGUGGUGUCAGGGAGAAUAAUGGUACGCCAAUCCUCGAAAAACAUGCAGCAUUUGACAUCUUUGCCAUCUCCUCACUUGUUGCACUGUGUGUCUCUGUAACCGCCUUGUUCUUGUUCCUUGCCAUCCUCACUUCAAGGUACCAAGAGAAAGAUUUCCGUAGCUCUCUACCCAAGAAACUACUGUUUGGCUUAACUUCACUCUUUUUAUCCAUUGCGGCAAUGUUGGUUUCUUUCUGUGCGGGACAUUUCUUUGUGCUUAAGGAUAAGCUGAAACACAAGGCGCUUCCAGUGUAUGUGGUGACAUGUCUGCCAAUAACUUUCUAUGCCAUAUCACAGUUUCCGCUCUACUUUGAUCUUAUAAGGGCUUUUAGGAAGGUGCCUUAACCAGCCAACAAAUUGGUUACUCUCUAAUGAGUCAAUAUUUUGCUUUUUCUUUCUAGGUUUGCGUUAGGGUUGAAAUUACCGUUUUUUGGGGGUGUUUUGUACGUCAAGCAACUAAUAUUUUCCUGUGUGUUUGUGUAUGAGUGUGUAUGUGUCCAUGUGUAUCCUU